GUCGUCUUCGACGCGGGCAGCACGGGCAACCGCGUGCACGUCUUCAAGUUCUCGUCCGACGUGGACGGCGUGACGCUCGUCUCGGAGACGUUCGCGGCGAAGUCGCCGGGGUUUCGAGACCUCGCGUCGAAGGGCGCGAAAGUCGCCGCGGACUCGCUCGACGCGCUCAUAGACGUCGCGCGCGACGAGGUGCCAGCGAAGAUGCGGUCGCGGACCAAGCUGACGCUCCGCGCGACCGCGGGGAUCCGUCUUCUCCCGGAGGGCGCGGAGGCGGCGGAAGCGAUCAUGCGCGCGGCGAGGAAGAAACUCAUGGGGACCGGUUUCGACGUCGAGGAUCGACGCGUGAGCGUGAUGAGCGGCGAGGACGAGGGGAAGUACGCGUGGACGAGCGUGAACUACCUCCUCGGCCGCGUCGGCGUCGGGAAGAGCUUCGAGAACGGCGGCGGCGGCGCGGAAGAUGGAACGUCGACCGUCGCGGUGCUCGACCUGGGCGGCGGCAGCGCGCAGAUCGCGUUCGCGGUGUCCGACGCGGCGAAGGCGUCGGCGCCGCCGGGGAAGGGGUACGUCCAGAGCGUCGGCGACGGAGGACGGCGCGACGACGUCUACGUCAAGUCUUUCGCCGGGUACGGCCUGAUGGCGGCGCGCGCGAAGGUGCUCGCGACGGGCGGAGACGACGAGGAUAGCGGCGGUAACGGCACGCAUCCGUGCGUUCCCGCCGGGUACGUCGGCGGCUACGUCGCGAGGGCGCGCGCCGCCGGCGCGGAUUUCAGAGCGUGCCUCGCGGCCGCGAUCAAAUCGCUGGCGCUGGACGCGACGUGCGAGGACGCGCCGUGCGGCAUCGCCGGCGCGUGGACGACGCCGCGGACGACGAAGCUGCACGCGAUGAGCUACGUGUACGAGCGCGCGACGUACGACGCGGCGACCACGACGAAGACGGACGCGCUGACGGUGACGCCAAAAGAUUUCGAAGACGCGGGGGAGGCGGUGUGCGCGACCGCGGCGGCGGACGUCGCGACGAGGUACCCGGACGCGGACCCGGAGCACGCCGCGUACCUGUGCCUGGACGUCGCGUUCAUUCGCGCGCUGCUGGUGGACGGCCUCGGGGUGGGCGUGAACGAGGCCGUCACGAUAGUGGAUCAGAUCGAGUACGACGGGAAAGGGGUCGAGGCGGCGUGGGCGCUCGGGGAUGCGGUCGCGACGCUCGGGGAGGGCGCCGACCCGGACGCGAUAUUCGGCUCGAAAGGGCGGCGGCGGCGAUGA